AUGUCGAAGAAAACACAGUUCACGUGGGAGGAACUAUCUUCACUGAAUACUCAACAGAAUGCUCAUGUUGCUGUUCGCGAAAAGGUAAUAUUUAAACGUUAAAUUUACAUUCCAACUUUCGAUCUACAAUGUAUCAAGGUCGUGAUCUAUGAUAUUUUUUCCUCAGGUGUAUGAUGUUAGUAAAUUUCUAGACCGUCAUCCUGGUGGCAAAGAUAUUUUGCUCAUGGCAGCUGGAAGAGACGUUACUGCAGUCUUCGAGUCAUAUCACGCUUUUAGCGAUAGUGCAAAGAAGUAAGACUAAAUUUAUGCCGGUUACGCCGAUCUUGAUAACCUUAAGUUAUGUAACUGCAUGAAUGGAAAGGUUUCUAUAAACAAAGUUUUUUUCAAUAUCCUGGCGGUUAAAUGCGGGGGAAAACAAAUCCAGGAGUAGCAGAAGACCCACUCGUUCAGAACUUAUAGAAACUAUUACAGCUUACAACGCCGGCCGGCGCUUGAGUAUUUUAUUGUCUGUACUCUGUACUUCGUGUUUGAUUUACGGUUUCCCCUCCAGUCAGCCGUCGUAUUUAUAAGUCCUUGUGUUUUUAAAUUUUUAAGGCUUGCUAAUAAGGGUUGCUACAAAAUCAUAGUAGCUGAUGCUCAACCCUCCGGUAUAGUAUUGAUAAACAAAAUGUUCCCUAGUGGCGGAAGGGUUUCAGACAGAGGGCGGUGCCCCGGAGGGGACUCCGUAUGUGACAGGGGUGGGGAUGCUGGUCGGAAAUUUUGAAUUAAACCCCUAAAGGAGACCGAUCUGGGCGGGGCCCAAGCUAUUUUUGACCCCUAAAGGAGACCAUGUUAAAACACAGACAUUGUAUAUAUUUUUAUACUUUUUUGCGUGCAACCCUAAAGGAGACUUUCAAGGCUAAAUAUGACGGCGUUUUGCCCAGGACACCCUAAGUGAGACCAAAAUCCGAAAUUUAUACUCCUAAGCGAGACGACGAGCAUCCCCACCCCUUUCAUAUGGGGAGUUCCCCCCCCCAGGGGCAGUGCUCGGUCCUCACAAAUGGUCCUUGUCCCAUGUUUGGGCAUAAGAGGCUGGGGCUGGAGGCGGAGGGCUGAGGGCUUGAAACAGGAAGAAAGGACAAGCUUACAUAGAAUUAUGAGAUGAGAUGUAAAGNAGGGAAAGGUUUUUACAAACAAAGUUCUUUUUCAAUAUCCUGGCGGUUAAAUACGGGGGAAAACAAAUCCAGGAGUAGCAGAAGACCCAUUCGUUCAGAACUUAUAGUAACUAUUACAGCUUGCAACGCCGGCCGGCGCUUGAGUAUUUUAUUGUCUGUACUCUGUACUUCGUGUUUGAUUUACGGUUUCCCCUCCAGUCAGCCGUCGUAUUUAUAAGUCCUUGUGUUUUUAAAUUUUUAAGGCUUGCUAAUAAGCGUUGCUACAAAAUCAUAGUAGCUGAUGCUCAACCCUCCGGUAUAGUAUUGAUAAACAAAAUGUUCCCUAGUGGCGGAAGGGUUUCAGACAGAGGGCGGUGCCCCGGAGGGGACUCCGUAUGUGACAGGGGUGGGGAUGCUGGUCGGAAAUUUUGAAUUAAACCCCUAAAGGAGACCGAUCUGGGCGGGGCCCAAGCUAUUUUUGACCCCUAAAGGAGACCAUGUUAAAACACAGACAUUAUAUAUAUUUUUAUACUUUUUUGCGUGCAACCCUAAAGGAGACUUUCAAGGCUAAAUAUGACGGCGUUUUGCCCAGGACACCCUAAGUGAGACCAAAAUCCGAAAUUUAUACUCCUAAGCGAGACGACGAGCAUCCCCACCCCUUUCAUAUGGGGAGUUCCCCCCCCCAGGGGCAGUGCUCGGUCCUCACAAAUGGUCCUUGUCCCAUGUUUGGGCAUAAGAGGCUGGGGCUGGAGGCGGAGGGCUGAGGGCUUGAAACAGGAAGAAAGGACAAGCUUACAUAGAAUUAUGAGAUGAGAUGUAAAGAAAAAUUCCUGAAUGCUGCAUGCACCUACAAUAGAUUUUAGAAUUACAAUGUAUAUACCCUAUUCAGAACAAAGAGGCCAAUGUCCCAGUACAGGCAACAUAGAGAAUCCCCCCCUUCCUGAUUUUUUGUUACCAUGCACCAAUGAGGUUCAGCUGAAUAGGUUUUGGAAACCUAUCAAUAAUAGAUCCUGGGGGGUGGGGGGCGGAGAGGGGCUGCAUGCCUCUAUUAUCUCCAGGAAUAUUUCAGUUGUUUAUGGUUUUCUGUUGUGAGUUUCACAGCAACAACAUACUUAUAUCUUGUAGUUAAUUUUUUAUCCCAGGUAAUUUUUGUUUUUCUUUUGCUUUUGGGUAUAGUACUGUAUGCUAAUAAAGUUGAGACAAAAGAAAUAUAAAAAUUAUCUGAGAUAGAAAAUUAACUACAACAUAUACUCUUGUUUUAAUAUCAAUUUAGAGCUUUUAUACUAUUGUUAUUUUGUUAUUGUCAGGGUUUUAGAAAAAUAUUAUGUUGGAGACCUGAUUUCUAAUGAGUUACCAACUUUUCCAGAACUUGGGUAAGGUUAAAAGACAAUAACCAUGUUAUUUAUGUUUCUCUACCAACCCAACCUCUGAAAGAAAGGGAGAAUUUGACAUUAAAAUGAAAUAAAGUUAGUAUAUCAUUCCACACACCCCCUUCAAUUAUGUGAAGGUUAAUGUGAAGUUAAAUUCCCCCUUAAAAUUAAUAAGUUAACAAAAUUGUUAGGGCUCUUAGGUUAGGUUGGGAACAAUACUGUAUCUCCAGCUGUUUCAUGAAAGCUUGGUCAGACUUCACUAUGAAAUGAACAUGUUUUUGAUAAGAGUGACAGUGCCAUGGCAAUGAGAAUAGACAUAGUGAGGCAUUUAUUUUUUCAGCACUUAUUUCCUCACAGAGCCGAGCGAGCUGAUAAUUUUGUCAAAAUUUGCAUUGCAUGUGGAAGGUGCGUGGAUCGCAAAACAAGGCAGAACACAGAAGUCGGCUUUAUAUUAAUAUUUAUAUAUCUUGACUUCCGGUUGGUAGUUGCAGUGACAUCAUUAAUGAAUUUGUGAUGUUGAGGUGCCUUGGUUUGUUGUUUUCACCGUUUUUGCACCCGUUUUGGCAAUCUAGAAAUGAUUCUGGCUAGAAAUUUUGAUUACAGAAGUAUUUUACAGAAAACAUUGAAGCAAUUUGGGCCAGGAGCAAAAAUUUAGUUUGGCAUUUCCCAGCCGAUGGGUCUAAGUUUCAGCUCCAUUCUUACAACCCGAAGAUUAAUAAUUCACAUGCAAACUACCCUUUUUGUAUUUGUUUUCUUAAUCUGGUGGCAGCAAUGAUGUUAAAUAAUAUGCUUUUCAAUACAUUUUUGAAAAUAAAACCAGGCAACAGGAAAGGAGAAGAAGAAAAAAAAGAAAGAAUAAAGUUAACAGAUCUUGAUGACGAUAUUUGUGGCAGUCACCCAUCCAGCUUCUUACCCCGCCCAACAGUCUUUUAUUGCUCAGUGCUUUUUUUUAGUUGCUGGUAAUGUACUAGGCCAAGAUGAUAAUAAUUUAUACUACAGGGGUGUGUAAUAACUUAACAGGACUGAGAUCUCCUUUUUCAUGUUUGUUAGUGAAUUUUUCCAAACAACAAGAGACAGAGUCAAAAAAUAUUUCAAGGACACAAACCAGGUAAUUUAUAAAAUAGUAAAAUAUAUUUGCAUUCUGUUUUCAAAUAGUUUAAAAUAUUAAAAGAUUGUUUACGGUUGCUUUGUUUCUUUACUCUAAUAAAUGAAUCUCAUUAAAUGUCGGUAGUUAUAUUGCAGUUUAAUGUUAGGUUUUAACAUGUGUGUUCUAGACACUGCUUCUACAAUGACUCACUUUUGAAAGCUCAGGUUAACUAUUAUAAACAGUUAAUUUACAUCAACAGUUAAAUACCUCUGAAUAGGCUAUUAAAAGGACAGAUUGUUAAGUGCAAUACUCACAUAAGCUAAUUAACAUAACAGCUUAACUGGCAGUUACAGCCAAUAAUCUCAGGACUUAGUUGACCAAUCACUAAAAGGUCAAUAACUGGAGUUAUUGACUAUCAACUGCUGAUAUGCAACUUACUUUGACUUUGAUGAUGAUCUCUUUCACUCGGAUGCAUGAUCAUACUUUAUUUGACCCAGCUGUUGGUACUUAUGACAUGACUGAUCUUGGGUUCAAACAAUUUACAAUAAUUUCAUUUCAACAGGACCCCAAAUUUUCAGGAUGGAUGUGGUUGCGCUAUAUUGGAAUUCCAACUAUUUUACUUCUAAUGUGGAGUGCUCAGGUUGUUUAUAAUAUUAGUUUUUAAGUGUAAAAUAUAUAAAUUUUGAAUGUGUGCAGCAUCCAUCAUUUAAUAUAUUGGCUGGGGCAGUCAUAAUAUUUAAAACUGAUUUGCACAUUUAAAAAAAGAAUAUUUUGUGGAGGUUAAUUUUAAAUUUUGAAUUUCAAACUGCAAGCCUGGCUGACCGAGCUUUGAUACCUGCACCUUAUUCAGCUGGCAGGUUUCUUUCGAUAACGGGUUCUUGUUUAUCCCUUUGCUUGUCUCACUGAGCUGAGAUCAUAUACCUCACCCUUACUUUGCACCUUCAGUACAAAUCUUUAAACAUCUGAGGGACUAUUUUACUACCUCUUAAUUUGGAUUAAGGUUUUAAUUUAGGUCUUAGUACAGAAACUACAUGUAAUCCUCUAUGAACAUUUUUCAGUAAUGUUUUUAAUAUUGAAUUAAUGAAUUUUAUUGUUUUAAACUAAGUUUAGAGAAAGAGCCAGUUAAAGGGUUAUUAUUUUGGCUUAAAUAAGUUACAAAUUUACCAGGACAAUUAAGGUUUGUACAUGUGAAGCACAUGUUACAAAAGCCAACCUACAUGUAAAACUGGGAUGUAUAAAACAGAAAAAAAUAAGCUUGACUGGUUUUAAUGCAUAAAAUCGCUCUUUCUUAUGAUCAGUGUUACCAUGUCUUUUAGGUUUUCUGGUUGAGCCAUAAUUUUUUCUUGUCAUGUGUUGCUGCAGCUUUCAUGGGUUGGAUGUGUGCUUUGAUUGGGAUGGUGAAUAAUCAUGAUUCCAGGUAGUUAUUAACUGAAGCUUAAUGUUUAAAGAUCUUCCCGUUAAUCUUACCCCUUGGGCAUUUGAAAAGUUAAAAGAAAAAUUACCUGAAAAAGUUGAACAGGCAGAACUUCUAUUGCCAGGAUUUUCUUGUAAUUUGUUGAGAUUUAAUGGGAGUAUCACAACCUUCUCUAAAAAGUUUCAUUGAUAAUUAUUUGUUAUGUGAUAUUCAUUAUUUAUUUUUGCACCUGUUAAAGGAACUUGAAGGUAAGGGGCACAGUGGUUAGUGCCAUGCUCAGUCCUUAAACUGGAUGCCCAGGGACCCCAUUGAUGGAAAUUUCCAGCCAAGGACAGUUUUAUGAUAGAUUUUUCUACCUUCAGGGUUAAAAUAAAGCCCAUUUGUUCUCAAUUUUCUGUACCCUAAUUUUGUACAGUGCAGAUAAAUAAUUUACACUGUAAUUUAUCUUGUUGAAUUUUAAGCCACUGUGCUGUUACACAUCAUCCUACUCUAUGGAGGGUCAUUGGCCACAUUCAUGAUUUCCUAAAUGGUGCUUCAUUUUAUGUUUGGAUUUAUCAGGUCAGUGAUACAACAAUAAAGAUUUUAGUUUCUAGUGGAAUAUAGAAAAUAUGCAUGCUUUCCUUACAGAAGUGUUUUUGGUUUAAUCCUCUUUACCACCCUGACCCCAGCCUGGCCCACUGUCCCCUCAAUAAGAUCUGGUCACUGGCUAUUUGCACAAAGUUUUAUUGUACUAAGUGUUUAUGAUUUUGAAAAUCCUGAUUUAACUUUUAACUAAACAAUCAUCCAAUAUAGCAUACUCUUGGUCACCAUCCCUACACCAACAUUGAUGGCCUGGAUCCUGAUAUUGUUACAACUGACGAUGUAAGUUCCAAUACAAUGUUGUCUUUAUUUGCAUCAUUAUCAGGGAUAUUGACAAAUUUGACACUGACUCAAGAUCAUGUACUGAGGCUUGAUUCUAACAGCAAAGUCUUGCAUUUUGUUUUUGUUUUUUUUAAUUUCAGCAUCCAGAUAUAAGGCGUAUAAAGUGGACGCAAAAGUGGGUACCUCGUUAUGUCUAUCAGCAUGUCUAUGUGCCGCUGGUUUACUGCUUGGUGAGUUCUUUUCCCAUCUUUGCACCUUUUAUCUUCUUGCAUCAUCAUCAUUCUCAUCAAAAAGCAGGUCAUUUAUAUUAUAAUAUAGAGUAGCUUGAAGUCUAAAAUGGACCCACUACAGGAGACAUAAGGAGCUGUUUACAUGGAGGUAGGAAGAUCCUAGUACCAGGAAGAUUCUAGAAGGCGGAACAACUUUGCGUUGGGUUAACAUGCAGAAAUUUCGGUCCGUGUGGUGCCUUAAAAAGUAGAGAAGGUUCCAUAGGGAAUUAAAAAGUGGCGGGCGACAAAAACAAAAAUGUGAUUUGGGCCCUUUUGGUCUCUUUACUGGCAUUAAUAACCACCUUUAGCAGAAUUAUCACAAUAAUCAGCUCGUAGUAACACCAAAUGAAAUGCCUGGCCUUUAUUGCCAUUAUUAGCCACUCAGAACAACCCACCGCCAUUUUUGUAUGGUUUGUCCCCUGAGGGCAGUUAAGUGCAAGGAUCCUCCUUGUAUUAGGAUCUUCCUACCACUAAGCUGGGAAGAUCCUAGUACAAGGCAGAUUCUAGCUCUAGGGCCAAGUACAACCCUUUGCAUGUAAACCGAAUACAGAAAAACAUAUGGUGCUAGGAUGAUCAGCCUUCUAGGAUCUUCCCCCCUCCAUGUAAACAGCCCUUAAAACAGAUGCACACACAUGGGUGAAGUUGAUCAAGCUACCAGCUUCUUUGUCCUGCACUCUUUACGAACAGCAGUGUGGGUUCUUUUUGUGCCCAAGUCUUGAUUCAAAUCAAUGGAAUUGCUGUGCUCAAGAUAGUGCUUACAGUUUUUUGUUCAAAAUUCUGCACUCAUUAGUGUCUGUCUAUUAACAAUUUACAUGUAGGUGUCAGAAAAAAGGCAGAAAAAUAUUCGUCCGCAGUUAGUUCAGUUAAGAGCCUGCUAGAGAGUUGGUUUGGCCAGGAAUCCAAUCUGGGCCUAUCCAUUCAGCUUUUCUUGUUUGUUUGUCUUUUGUAGCUUGGUUUGAAGACUAGAAUUCAAGAUGUUACAAUUCUCUUCUUUAUAAAGAAAAAUGGUGAGUAAGUUACAUGUUAUAAUAAACUGAAAUACUAUUUUUGCAAAUUAAUUAAAAAAAAGAAAGGAAAAAAAAGGCUCAGAACUUCACUUAUGGAAGGCCUUUUUUCUCCAAAUAAAAAUGAAUGAAAAAACUAAACGUCGAAAAGAGUGUCUACAUCCAGCGAACAAUUUUUCCACUUUUUCGCACCUGUAAAUAAAACUGAUGGAAUCUUCUGAUACAAAAACCCAGGUGGCGCUAGUUUCCGAACUGUAAAAGCCACCCGCACGUAAUUUUUUUUACCAAAGAAAAGUCACCACGAAGUUGUAAUUCCCAAAGAAGUCCUUGGAUCAUAAUUUUCAAAUCACACCUUCCUGUCACUAUUAUACCCGAGUACCCCAUUCCAGAUUAAUUUCAGUAUUUUUUUUUGAAAGUUUAAUGCAUCUUCUUUUAGCAUGAUUUGUCUCUUGCGUUCCAGGAAUCAUCCGCAUGAACCCACCAUCCAGAUCUCAGUUGACUGUUUUCCUCGCUGGCAAGCUAUUUUUCCUGAUCUACAGGGUUGUGAUUCCUUGUCUGGUACUUCCAGUUUGGAAAGUGGUGAGAUAUUAUAGUACCAACCAGUGUGGCAGUCGUUUGAAGCGGGAAUUCCGUGCGCACACGAUCAGGAUGACCUCGCGCGCUUUCAUUCACGUGUGCCAAAAAUCUCUCUUCCACCCUUCCCCACCCCUUCCGUCAAACGCUUGUCACCUGGGCUAUUCAGCGCUGUAGAAUCCUUCAAAUCUGCAGAAGGGUCAGUACUCUCUUAGAUAAGAUAUACACGUAUAUGUAGAUAUGUGUUACACCAAACUGUGGUAAGGUUUUUGACAUCUUUUGGUUUCAAAUUGAGUCUAAAAUAGGCUAACUCUUAGUGCUCUAUGAAACCAGGGUUUGGAACUGAUCAUGUUUUUAUCUUGCCUCUCUUAAGUGUAUAUAUUUUUAUUAUUAUUGUUAUUAUGAUGAUGAGUCCUCUAAGCUUAGCAGAUUAAAAAUCUUCGCAAGAUGUAUGCGGAGGCCAGAACAGCUGUCUUUUGCAGGGUGUAGCUGCAGCACUCAGCUUCUACGGACAGGUGUUUUAGAGCCUUAUUAUUAUUAUUAUUAUUAUUAUUAUUAUUAUUGUUAUUGUUAUUGUUAUUGUUAUUAUUAUUAUUAUUAUUAUUAUUAUUAUUAUUAUUAUUAUUAUUAUAAAGGAAAAAUAAAGGGAGAUGUAAAAAAUCUGAGCCCCAGAUGGUAUUCGAACACGGAGGGCGUGGGUUCGAAUCCCAUCUGGGGCUCAGAUUUUUUCUGUGUCCUCUUAUGGUUGAUUCUUUACAUCUCCCUUUAUUUUUCCUUUAUAAUAUUAAUAUCAUUUGCAUAGAUUAUUAUUAUUAUUAUUAUUAUUAUUUUAGUUUGUUUUAUUCAGUUUUAUUUUUUUAUUUUUUUACCAGGUUGUACUGUUUAUAAUCGCCGACAUGGUUGCAAGUUACUGGCUGGCUCUUUGUUUCCAAGCAUCUCACGUUGUGAGUGAGGUGAGUUCAUCAUAUCUGACGAUACUCUGUCGUGGAAUUGGUUCUUAUAAAUGCUCAAACAUAACAAGUAUAGGAGGAUCUGCGGUAUGGAUGACUGGCUACUUGCCCUAAGAGACGAGCUAUUUAAAGCCGUAAUGGAAGUCCUGUUCUUUGCCCACAAAUCGAGGCGAAAAAUAAAUUAUUAUGCAUGUGCACGUGCAAUCUGUGACCUUGGAAUAUCAAAUAUAGUACACGUAAGAUGGACUGCUCACCGUUGCUGUUCAUCUUGCAGGUGGACUGGAUCGAACCUGGUAAAGAUGGAAAGAUGACACAAGACUGGUAGGUUUUUGUUUAACAGAGGGGUGGGAAGGGUGCAUCUUCUAGAGAACUCUUCAGCACUAAUUCUUCAAUGACAGAGGACUGGUUAGAACAAUCCAGCCGUUUUCAGGAACGCAGAAAAUGUCGAAAAGUAAUUAAUUUGAAGAUCGCUCUGGGUUUUGCAUAUUUGCGCUAUAUGCAACGAUGAUGGCUACAGAAAGGAAAACGUCACGAAUAAAGAGAAUUGGCGUGUUUUCAAACUUCGUCCUGAUUUUUCCAACUUGCUUAAAAUGGCAAAUCUAUUGUUUAGUCUUCCUGAAUUUGAAUUCUUGGUGACUGCACAAAAGUUAUAGAAAGAGGAAAAAAUUCGCGGUCGAUUUUUUACGCCCUCCAUGAAACGCCGCUGAUCCCAAAGUCACUUAGAAGGCAGUCGUCUAGUGACGGCAAAGAAAUUUACCAAAAAGCCAAAAAGUGUGAUGCACAUGUACAGUUGUUGUUUCGCUCAGUCUCAUUGCUUUUUUGGCGUUCUCGUUCCUGUCGCCGUCGUCGUUGCUAAAGCUCCUUAUUGUCUUGUUUCUUAGGGCGGAGCUUCAAAUACAAACAACACAGGACUAUGCCACUGAUAGCUGGUUUUUCAACGUGUUCACAGGUUAGUGUGGGCUGUAUCGUAGAUUCUAAAACCUAAGCUUCUUUAUGGCGCCCCACUUCGCGCAGGUGGUUGAUCACUUGCCACCUGAACAGGGUAUGGGAAAUUAAACUUCCAGCAACUAUGCUCUUGAUGUUUUAUUUUUUUUUGGCCAGGAGGGGUGGGGGGAGAAAAAGAGGGAUUCCUAGGUCAUGGCAUGUGGGACUGUUAUGGAGGACGUGUUUCAGCAACAGCCAAUUAAAUAAGGGACAGCAUCUGCAAAAAAUGGCCCAAAGUGUAAUACGGCGCACGGUCCCAACGCAGUCUCACGCGCAGCCCCAGAAUUACGGGCAUUUCAGGACUACACUUAAUCCUGACAAUCAUAUAUUUCACCGGAUUAUUAUAGAGACCUUUAGAUUCUAAGACGAGGACGACUAUGAAAACGAGUUUCUCAAUGCAAAGUAGUGCGCACGCGUGAAUAAGCGUCACUUUGGCGGAAAAUGGUUAGACGUCGUCGGCAUUCUAGUACGGGUUUUAGGGAGAAUGUCGUGGUGGCGGGAGCAAGUUAUCAGUGGUUAGAAGUUUUAUCAUUUGUGAUCGGGAGAGGGCUUAUCUCCUUCAAUAAAAAUAACCGUGUUAACUUUUCUGGUGAAAAAGUACAAUGAAGCUUUUCUGGCUGUCGAUUUUUUGAGAAUACGCGCAAAAAAACUUAAAGUUAUUCUCGUCCUCCUAGUCUUAGCCUCGUCCUCGAAUCUAAUAAUAAUAAUAAUUAAUAAUAAUUUUAUUAUUUGUUAGCCGCAAAAUAGCAUUCAAACAGCCUAGUCCCUAGGCGUUCUCAGUGUGGUCAAUCCUGGACUCUACCGUGAGCUGUGACGUCACCGAGAGAUACUCGCCCGCUCUUUCCCAGACUUCGCGCGGACAACGGGUCAAGAGAGAACGCCUAGGGACUAGGCUGGCAUUCAAAUAUAUGAUCUAAUGCGCACAAUCUAAAGGUCUCUAAUGGUGAAUUGUUAAUUUAAGUUUUGUUUUGUCAUCAGGGGCUCUCAACCAUCAGACCACACAUCACCUCUUCCCUGGAGUAAGUCAGAUUUACUAUCCAGCGAUAACUCCCAUCGUGCGUGAAACGUGCAAGGAGUUUGGAGUCAGAUACAAUUACAAGGACACUUUCACCCAGGCGCUUGGCGCUCAUAUUGGACAUCUAAAGAGGCUGGGACAACAGCAACCGGAACAACAUUGUAUGAACGGCAGUAGACAUGACUGAGUUGGUCAGGAAGCUAUUGGCUCCUCGAGUCUAACUUCAAGCUACUCUGUAUAUAAUGUACUGUAAACGAGGGUAUAUGAGAUACUGUACAUCCGAACGGUCUUGCAUCGUCACGCAAUCCUUCCAAACGAACGUUCUUUUGCGUGACGAACCAAAAGUACUUCUACAACUGAAGUCGAAGGCUACAGCACUCGUCAAAUUUCGUUGCAACACUAGACAACUUAUCUACGUUUUCCCCUAUGUGUACUUCUUCUCUCCUUCUCCAGUUUUAAGAUUCGCGUUUCUUUGGUAAGGGAGGGCGCGUAACGUCAUUGUAACGUGGCAUAUGUUGCAACAAUGUUGACAAGUAUUGUAGCAAACUGUUGGCUUUGCUUCUAAAAAGAAUUGAAAUGAUUUUAGAAUAACUUAUUCUGAACUUGUAACGGGAAGUCAGCUCUGUGCAGGCAGGAGCCCAGCUCCUGUUUCAGUACUAUUUAGAGAGGAAAGUGUGUGCAGAGUGUCAGGUACAUUUUAGGUGUUACCAGUUUGUUUGUUGUUUUGUUUCUUUCUUUGUUUUU